AUGGGCCCCGCCACUCCCUCCCUCAUCAGUGUGGCUCUUUGGGUUCUGUGCAUCUCUUUGGUUGGAUAUGCGCUAUCCACUCUUCGACGGCGUUCUCGGUCUUGUCUUCUUCCGUUCCCGCCUGGUCCCAAAGGGCUCCCUUUGGUCGGGAAUGUCCUCGACUUCCCGACGCGCCAGACAUGGCACGAUCACCUUGGAGUGCGCUGUUGCACAGGAGAUGUAUUGCAUUUUAGGGUCCUAGGAGAGUCCAUAAUCGUGCUCAACAGCGCAGCCGCGGUCACAGAGCUCUUGGAAAAGAACUCCGCGAACACUGCAGAUCGAGCGCGCAGCGUCGACCUGAUGGUGGAGCUCACAGGAAACACUCACAAUUUCGGCUUCAUGCCAUACGGACAGCGAUGGCGAGACCACCGUCGAGUGUUCUGGCAGUACUUUCACCGGGACUCAGUCCGGGCUCAUCAUUCAACCCAACGCGCCGUCACUCACCUCCUCUUGGACAAGCUCCUCACCUCGCCGUCAGAGUUCAAAACCCACACUCGAAAGGCGUUCACAGCUUCUGUCCUUCACUUCGUGUACGGCAUCGAUUAUGCUUCUGAUGACGCAGGGGACAAGUACGCGGCGGCGAUGGAGACCGCACUUGUCUCCGUCGUUGAGGGAAUGAUUCCUGGCAGGUUCAUGGUCCAGUAUCUCCCUUUUCUGCGCUAUGCACCGUCGUGGCUUCCCGGGAUGGGUUGGCAAGAGCUUCUCGCUCAAUGGCGUGCGGACAACUACCAAGCGCUGACGAUGCCGUACGAGUACUCACGCGCCAAUAUGGAUCGCCAAACGGACGUGAAAGAGUCGAUGCUUGGACGGCACAUCGCCUCUCGCUCGCGCAAUGGCGAGAUGCCCGCUCGAGACGAGGAGAUCCUCAAGGGAACCAGUGCCAUCGCGUUUGAAGCGGGCAUGGAUACUGUGAGUACGACACACGUUUUCACGUUGCAAGGGGGCUUCUUGCACUUUCCCUCUCCGGAAGUCGUCAAGAAAGCCCAGGAAGAACUUGACACGGUGGUUGGACCCCAUCGCCUCCCGGAGUUCGACGACGAACCCUCACUUCUGUACCUCCGUGCGGUCAUCAUGGAGCUCCUGCGUUGGCACAACGUCCUAUCGAUUGGCGUCGCGCAUGCCACAACGAACGACGACGUAUGGAGAGGCUGGUUCAUCCCCGCAGGACGAUCAUUCAGCCUAACGGCAUGUAUGCACGAUCCCCAACUGUUUCCUGACCCGCACGAAUUCCGUCCAGAACGGUUCAUCAAAGACGGUGUCAUAGACACGACCGUCCUCGACCCCACGACAUUCGUAUUCGGUUACGGGAGGAGGAUCUGCGCCGGACGUCACUUCGCACGCGCCGGUCUCUUCAUCACCAUUGCGUCCAUUCUGCAUGUCUUCGACGUUUCUGCUCCGCUAGACGAGCAGGGAAAACCAAUUAAGAUCGAACCACGAUUCACCGACGGCUUGUUCUCGUAUCCUGAAGAUUGCAGAUGCACGAUCACUCCUCGAUCCUCUGCCCAUGCGGCGCUCAUACGAACGAACGCCGCGGCUGUACGGGCUGCGAGGGGAAUCUGA